AUGCCUGAGAUGGAAAAUAUAAAAAGCCAUGAUGGCGUGAGCAGCAAUUCAGCAAUCCAAUAUAAGUUGGCAAGUGAUGAUUUGGAGAGAUUAACGACACCAACGACGGUAGGAGACAACCAUAACCAGGUGACAGAUGAUUUGAACAGAAGUUUAUCCACAAGACAGAUUAAUAUGAUAGCUAUUGCAGGAGUGAUUGGGACAGGUCUUUAUUUGGGUACAGGAAAGGCGUUGGCGAAUGGUGGGCCAUUAUCGUUGUUGAUUUGUUAUUCGCUUAUUGGAGGAGUGGUGUACUUAACAAUGUUGUCUUUGGGAGAAAUGGCGACUUACAUGCCAAUUUCUGGUUCAUUUGCAACCUACGCUAAGAGAUUCGGAAGUGAAAGUUUCGGGUUCGCAGUCUUGAUAAACUACUGGUUUAACGAUGCGGUUUCUGUGGCAAGUGACUUGACGGCAUUGCAAUUAGUUAUGGAAUAUUGGACAAAUUUCCAUUUCUGGGUCAUAUCGUUGAUUUUUUGGUUUUUUGUUUUAUUUUUAAACGUAUUUCACGUUAAAUUCUAUGGUGAGAGUGAAUACUGGUUAGCAUUAUUGAAGGUGUUAUCGAUUAUUAUUUUCUUUAUAAUGAGUAUUGUGGCCAAUGCAGGACACAACACUAUGCACGAGUAUAUUGGGUUUCAAUACUGGUCUCAUGGUGAUGCUCCAUUCGUUGAUGGAUUUAGAGGAUUUGCCAAAACAUUCGUAACGGCAGCAUUUGCCUAUGGGGGCACUGAGUCGAUCACUCUUACAGCAGGGGAACAAAAGAAUCCGGUUAAAUCUAUGCCAAAAGUGGUUAAGACGGUGUUUUGGCGUAUUUUAAUUUUCUACGUGUUCUCCGUUUUCUUUAUUGGAAUGAAUGUUCCUUAUGAUUAUCCAGAUUUGUCAAAUGGUGAUAUUACAACGUCUCCUUUUACUAUAGUUUUUCAAUUGGUGGGAGCAAAGGCUGGUGGUUCAUUUAUGAACGCGGUUAUUUUGACCUCUGUUAUAUCAGCAUGUAAUCAUGCCUUAUUUGCUGGAUCUCGGUUGGCAUAUACAUUAGGUACUGAAGGAUAUCUCCCAAAAAUUUUCACUCGUGUGAACCGUUUCAAGAUACCUUAUGUCGGGGUCCUUGUUACAUGGUUUGCAGGAGGCUUGUGUUUUGGCUCCUCAUUCAUCGGAGCUGGUACUUUAUGGUCGUGGUUACAAUCCAUAGUUGGUGUUAGUAAUCAAAUUGCUUGGUGGUCAAUUGCUAUUACAAGUAUUAGAUUCCGUAAAGGUUUGGAGAGGCAAGGUAAAACUCACCAAUUAACCUAUAAGAAUUGGACUUACCCUUAUGGACCAUGGUUUGUAUUGGUCUUUGUUACAUUUAUUAUUUUGGUUCAGGGCUGGUCAACAUUUUCUCCUUGGAACGUGUCCGAUUUUUUUUCUACUUAUCUUGAAGUAGGAGUUUUCCCAUUGACAUUUGUGUUAUGGUGGUUGUACAGAAAGGGUAAGGAUAAGUUUGUUAAAUACGAAGAAAUGGAUUUUGAGACUGAUAGAUACUUGGAAACUGAAGAAGAAUUAGCACAAAAUUUAUAUUCAGAAGGAUUAAAAGGAUGGGAAAAAUUUAGGUAUAAUUUCGCUGAUAAUUUCUUGUAA